UUUGUGUUGGCGUAGAGUUGUGUUGAGUGUGUUUGCGCCUGUGUGUUGCGUGUGUGGUGGCCUCAGUUUGGUGCGAAGGCAAGGCAUUAAAUCAAAAAGCUGAAGUUCACACACCGCCAGCAUGGGGAAUAUGAUGGCCAAGGCGAUGGAGGAGAACUUUGAGAAGAACAAGAAGUUCAUGGUAGAAAUGCAGGCAGCACAGCUGGAGCGACAGAUCCACAUGCAGGACCAGAUGCGGCUGCGGAUGCACGCGACGCAGGUGGCGCGGGCCCGGGAGAUGUUCUUCUGGUGGGCCGCCUUCUACGGCAUCAGCCUGGCCGGAGCCAUAGCCGCGGUGCGCAAGACGAAGAAGCGGACGCCGCUGCUGCCCUUCUUCCCGCUGACGUUUAUCGUGGCCUACCAGGCCGACCUGGCGUACGGCACUAAACUGGGCCGCAUCAGAGCCGAGGCCGAGAGCAUCAUGGGCUGCGAGGAGGAGCUGCUGGAGCAGCCGUGCGGCGUCCCCACCGCCAACGUCAUCGACGCCGCCCGUCAGCGCUACCUCGACGAGAAAAGGUACACCACCAAGGUGCACGACAUGUACGCGUAGCGCGGCUGCCGGGGCGGCCGUCGCUGGACUGACGCUGCGUCCAGAUCUGCCAGUCGCGCUUCGCGAGUUGACUGUGAGCCGCGCUCCGCGGGACAGGCCGGCCGAGGCACGCUUCGCGAGUCGUGUCGUGUGAGUCGUGCCCCGCAAGUGAAGCCGGCGAGUGGCGCGUCGUGGAUGGUGUGAAGAGAGUCGUGGUUUACGCGUCCGCUGUUCGGUGACGUGAUUGUUGACCCGUGCUCAGCGUUUGCGGUAUGUCAUGUUCGGUGUGAACGACACGAAUGGUGCUCAGCUUUGACCUACAGUAGUCGGCUGAACGUGGACCGUAAGUGUAGUCAUGUUUGGUGUGGACAUUUAAGCCUUUUGUAGCUGUCCGCCCCAUGUGUCACGCUCGCGAUGCUGCCCUGAGCUCUGCGUUGUGCCUCAUCCAGCACGGCUAGCUUUGAACUUCUGAGGGCGCCAGGCUUUGCGCUGUGUCCUGGGUAUCUGGCACCAGGCUGCUUGCAGCGAGUAACGUCUUCCAACGCGGGGAUCAUCGGCUGUACUGGCCAGUGCCGUUCUGUUGACUCCCGUCUCGGCACUCAGUCUGAGCCGGCGCGCGUUUCGCCAUCCGAGCGGGGCCGUAUGGCCCGCCUGACCCCGUCUCUGUCCCGCCCCGCCGCCCGCGCGGGGUCUUAUGGCCCGCCUGACCUCAUCUCUGCCCCGCCCCGCCGCCCGCGCGGGGCCGUAUGGCCCGCCUGACCCCGUCUCUGUCCCGCCCCCUCCCCAUCUCGGUCGCCGCCCGAGCGGAGCCAUAUGCACGUCUGACCCCGCCUCUGCCCCGCCCCGUUGCCCGAGCGGGGCCGUAUGACCCGCCUGACCCCGUCCCUGCCCCGCCCCGCCGCCCGAGCGGGGCCGUAUGACCCGCCUGACCCCGUCUCCGCCCCGCCUCGCCGCUCGGUCGCCACACGAGCGGGGCCGUAUGCACGUCUGACCCGUCUCUGCCCCUCCGCCGCCACUCGGCCGCCGCCUCAGAUGGCACCUCGCUCCCGGCGCCUGGAGGCAGGCAAGGCGCGGCAUGUAAGUGGGACGGCGGGCCGGCUGGUCAGUCGUGAGCGCGCGCCGGCCGCUGUUCGCGCCAGCUAUUUCUGGCGGCCCGGGACAAAGAUCGAACGGUGUGGUCGGGUCACGGCCGACGUCACCGGCGUCCUUCUCCGAUUCACCCGUGUCGCGAGGCCGAGUCCGGUCGCAUGGGGCCCGUCUGGUAUGUUGGCGGCCGCCACAGGGCCAUCCGGGCGGACGUGAGGCAGGUGCUGCCAUCUUGCGUCAGCACCGUCCGCUUGUGGUCCGCCUGCGCACGCAUGGUCGCUUGCCUGGAGCCGGCUCGCUGUUGUCCCCAGAGUGUUGUUUGGGUGGCGGGGUGCCCCGUCUGCGCGGCACACCGGCCUUGCCUGCCAGGCGGCGCCUUUGGGUGCAGCUGGCGGCGGACGGCGCCCUCCUGGUAUCGGUCACCAGACAGGGAGUUACCUUGGUCGGGACCUUACCUCUCGUGAGCGCUUUCUUAUCAGUUGAGCUGGGAUGCGUGUUGGCUCUGACGGCUCCAGUCUAACCACAUCUGGCGAAGAGCCUGGGUUCUGGCUGCGCCAGGUCUGCUGGCUAUGUUGACUUUCGAUAGAUCUGUCUGGUCGUCCCAGGCAAGGACGCUAAUUGUAGCGGCGGUGCAAUAGGAGUGUGCGCCUGGCGCCAGAGGAUCACAGCUGUUACACAGGUGCGUCGAUGGCUGGUGACGCCGGAAAUCAUCUGUAGUGGUGGGGGCGUAAUAUAAGUGUUUUACUGACGCUGCUCCGUUGCUAUGUACCUAAUCAAACCCAUGAUGUAAAUGGACUGUAGUCUAGCCUAUGGUUGUUGUGGGCGGCGCUUGUUCCUGGAGUUCGCAGUCGUGUUUUGUAGCUUCCAAUAUAUUUAUAUCGCUCGUUCCGUGGCUGUCGCAUCGUGCGCUUUCCUCGAAGCACCGUCGCCCGCUUUCCCC